GUCUAAACUGUCAAACACAAGUAAACAAACAGUGCAGAAAUCAAUCUAGCCGUCGUUCACUUUCGCAAAUCUCGAUUUCCGGCCCAAAAAUGCUUCCCGAGGCUCUGUUGAAGCGCCUGGCCCAACGAGGAAUCAUUCAGCCAGGCGCUCCACCAGCCACGCCGGCACCGGAUCAGGACCGUCCGACGCAGCGACCUUCGCCACCCCCAUCGCGGCAGCAGCAACAACACUCGGACUCUUCGUCGGAAUCCGGCGGCCCGGACGAGGGCGACGACGAUGACGAGGAAGACAUUGACGGUGAGGAAGCGGUUCGCGAUGCGGACAACAAUGAGGAAAUUAUCGCCGAGGAUUACGAUGAGUACGAUCAGGUCAAUCCGGACAGCUUUGAGUAUCCGGUGGCGAAGAAACCGAAAGCCACUCCGGCGAUGGAUUGGUCGGAGAAGAUGAAGCAGAAGAUGGUCAAGCGGUAUGGGUUCCAGUCGGUAGACGGAUGCCAGAACAAGUACAACAUUUACCAUCACUGUACGAUGUACUGCGUUCAGAGGUACGGCGAGGUGGAGUUUGAAAUCGAAAAGGAGUACGAGAAGCGGGUUAAACGGUUGCUGGAACGUUACCCACUUCCGCGGCACUGGCGCAAGGAGUUCGACAUUGGUUGCAAGGCGUUCUACUUUUACAACAAGGAAACGCGCAUCGUUUCGUGGUUGCCUCCGACGCAUCCGGACGCCAAGAUGACCAAAAGCGCCAAAGUUCUGCGAAAGGAGCUGAUGGAAAAGACCAGAAGUCAGGAACAGGCCAACGAGGCCACGCCGAAAGCGGUCAUCGUGGAGAGCUAUCCGCCGAUUCCGAAACCACCAUCGGCGAUGACUGCCGGCGCAGGUCCCGUUGGUCCCAUUGGCGAAAGUCUCAAGCCUCCGGUGGUGAAUCCUCCGAAGCGACCGAACGUGAAACCGCCCAUGCGGGAUGACGACAAGCGGCCGCGGAUGCCGGAACGGAACCGAGAUAGGGACCGCAAUCAGGACAGGAACAACCGGGACCGUCGGGAUCAAGGGCGCCGUGACGAUCGCCGAGAUGACCGACGAGAUCGGGGACCACGUGGCCGGGGCAAGGAAGGUGCCCUGGAUCCGAUGGAUCCCGCCGCGUACUCGGAUAUCCCGCGGGGAACCUGGUCCAGUGGGCUGGAGGUGGCGUCCGCCGAAUCGAAGAAGGCGGACAAGCAGGAGAAGAAGGAGGAAAAGCGAAAGCCGGCGGGACCGUCGAAGGACGACGACAGUGGCGACGAGCACGAGGUGCUGAAGGUGUCCGCGAUCAAUGAGUUUACCCAGGAGGACGAUAAGGAUGAGUGAAUUGAAUAAAUUUAGGAAUAAAGACAACAAAAAUU